AUGAACGGCGGCGGCGGAGACGAGAGCGGCGGCGAGGACCAGGACGUCGGCGGCAGCGGCGAGGGCAUGCGGAAGCCGCUGCUGCGGAACACGGGGAGCUGGUACAGGAUGACCGGGCCGUCGUCGGCGGGGCAGCAGUACUCGGCCGGCUCCUCCUCCAUGGCCGUCAUGGGGCGCGAGUCCCACGUCUCGGCGCUCCUCUGCACGCUCAUCGUCGCGCUCGGCCCCGUCCAGUUCGGCUUCACCAGCGGCUUCUCCUCCCCGACCCAGGACGCCCUCAUCCGCGACCUCCACCUCUCCAUCUCCCAGUUCUCGGCGUUCGGCUCGCUGUCCAACGUCGGCGCGAUGGUCGGGGCCAUCGCCAGCGGGCAGAUGGCCGAGUAUAUUGGUCGGAAAGGGUCACUAAUGAUUGCAGCGAUUCCUAACAUCAUUGGUUGGCUUGCCAUCUCCUUCGCAAAAGACUCCGCAUUUCUUUAUUUGGGACGGUUGCUUGAAGGAUUUGGUGUUGGUGUCAUAUCCUAUACGGUUCCCGUAUACAUAGCAGAGAUAUCUCCUCAGAACACAAGAGGAGCGCUUGGCUCUGUGAACCAGUUGUCUGUCACCACUGGUAUCUUCUUGGCCUAUUUGCUUGGCAUGUUUGUUCCUUGGAGGCUGCUUGCAGUACUAGGAGCCUUGCCUUGUACAUUGUUAAUACCUGGUCUGUUCUUCAUUCCAGAAUCUCCAAGAUGGCUGGCAAAGAUGAACUUGAUGGAUGAUUUCGAGACUUCUCUACAAGUUCUGAGGGGAUUUGAGGCCGACAUCUCGAUGGAAGUGAAUGAUAUAAAGAGAGCAGUAGCAUCAGCAAACAAAAGGACCACAGUCCGUUUUCAAGAGCUAAAUCAAAAGAAAUACCGCACUCCCUUACUAAUAGGAACCGGCCUUCUUGUACUUCAAAAUCUAAGUGGGAUAAAUGGGAUACUGUUCUAUGCAAGUAGAAUUUUCAAAGCUGCAGGUUUCACAAACGGUGAUUUGGCCACAUGUGCACUUGGAGCUAUUCAGGUUCUUGCCACUGGCGUUACAACCUGGUUACUAGAUAAGGCUGGCCGGCGGAUUCUUCUCAUUGUCUCUAGUGCUGGGAUGACUUUAAGCCUUCUUGCAGUUUCUGCUGCAUUUUUUCUCAAGGAUAAUAUGUCCCAUGACUCUCACUUGGAGUACAUCUUAAGUAUGGUGUCCUUGGUGGCUCUUGUGGCUUUUAUCAUUGCUUUCUCCUUUGGCAUGGGUGCCAUUCCAUGGCUCAUAAUGUCUGAGAUCCUCCCGGUCGGCAUCAAGAGUCUCGCGGGAAGCUUUGCGACGCUCGCCAACAUGCUCACGUCCUUCGUGGUGACGAUGACCGCAAACUUUCUGCUCAGCUGGAGCGCCGGAGGGACCUUUUUGUCCUACAUGGUCGUGAGCGCCUUCACCGUCGUGUUCGUUGUCCUCUGGGUGCCAGAGACCAAGGGAAGAACUCUGGAGGAGAUACAAUGGUCGUUCCGAUGAGCUUCGGGAAUCGGCGGGGCCCUCCGUCAUCGUCUCGUGUUAGCUGUGGCUCUUCCAAGUUGAGGAGUAAGUAGAACCGUGGAGUAAAAGGCAAGGUAUGAUCUGCACAGCCUGGAAUGUUGGCUCAUUGAGUAUCCUAGUCAAUUCCAAGUGAAUAUAUAUACUCCUAGGAACAAAUAUGUUAAUGUAGUAGUUGUGCCGGGUUACACGAGAUUAUUAUUAUUUCUGAAUGCCACAUCACUUUGCUGCGA